AUGGGUAAUUGCAUUAGAUUAUGCCGUCGGCGUCGUAUACGUCGACAUAUAGUUUUAAUUCUAAUAGGCUUAGACAACGCGGGUAAAACAAAAACGGUGAAUAAUUUAGCUGGAGAAAACGAUGAUAAAGUUUUGCCCACUGUUGGUUUUAAAGCUGUAAACCUAAUUCAUAAGGAUACACCUGUUACUAUUUAUGAUUUGGGCGGCGGUCCUCAGUUCAGACAAAUAUGGUCCCAAUAUUAUAGCGAAGUGCAUGGUGUUAUUUUUGUUAUCGAUUCAAGUGAUUUUUCACGGUUGGAAGAAUGCAAAUCGGUUUUAGAAGAGGUUUUAUCACACAACAAAAUAUCUGGUAAACCAGUUCUUGUAUUGGCUAAUAAGCAAGAUAAAAGUGGUGCUCUAGAUGACAUAGACGUGGUGGAUAAGCUUAAUAUUGAACCAUUGGUUAAUAGAUAUAGAUGUCCGACAUUAGUAGAAUCCUACAGCGCUAGUCCCCACGAUCCUAAGUCAAAAAAACCUAAAAUCGAUCCUGGCUUGAGAAAAGGCUAUCAAUGGCUCCUAAAUUACAUAGUACGCCGUUACGGAGAUAUAAACUUACGCGUACAGACGGACAUACACGCAGAAUUGGAAAGACGCAAGCGAAUGCUAAGUAAAUCAUCAAACAGAGCUUCUCAAACUUUCACAGCAAUUAGUGACGAUAUAGCAACACAGACUGGUUUUGAAAAUCCCAACUAUACAAUGAAAAAAUCGGAAGUUGAUAAUAAUUUAGAUGCUGGAGUCAUCAUUGUAAAACCGAUUAAAAAACCUGACAGUGUCGAUUCAACGAUUACUAUAGAGAGUGUAGAAAACGAUACUACUACAGAUACGAAUACGAGUGGAGUGAGAUCUAAAUUGUCGCCUCUAUUUGGGCGAGCGAGUAAUUCGACAACGGAAAGUGUGAAAAUCGAAUUGGAACCGAGAAAUGAGUUUAAGAAAUUGUCCCCCAUUGUAAGGAAGGGAGGUGUCAAUCAUAUCGAUUUUAAGAAUCGACCACAAUCGAGCCCUUCGUAUAAAAAUAAGACGUCCCAAUCGAGCCAAAAUACUUCGAUGCAAGAAACAAAAGAAACAACCUUAGACGAGAAUCGAAUCUGGAUACCCGAUUUGAAACAUCGCGUCCUCGUAAACGAUCAAGAACUAGCACAAAACCACAGGGAGAUUGUUUUGACGGAACGAGAGCAUAUGAACAAGCCCCCGCUUUCCGACACGACCCGGCCCGCGUCCGCCUCGCAGCUGGUGCGGCGGCAGCUGGAACUGUGCGGGCAGCACAAACGGAGACUGAGUUUACGUUAUAUGCAACGUCACAAAACAAGCCCUGGCCGUACGUCCAUGCUCAUUUACGAGCCGAAAGCUCAGCGACACCUCGACAAAGGCGAUUUUGAAUCUGCCACUAUUAAU